AUGUUUAAGAAAGUAGCCGACAAGCUGGGACACCUCGGUCCUAACAAGCAGUCCAUGCAUGCUUCGACGUCUUCAUCGGUCUCGUCGAUGCCGUCUGUCUCAACUAUGUCUCAUGAAUACCGCUCGUCGAUCUCUACGGGGAUGACCUCCGUGAGCGGUCGAAGCAAGCGGCCGGAGAAGAUAGAGAUCGAAGAGAACAUUGGGAUGGUCGGUCAUCCACUCCUUCCACCGCGAAGACCAAAGGGAUCCUACCGGCUAUCCGACUUCAUAAUUCAGCGGACUCUUGGAACGGGAAGCUUCGGGCGGGUGCAUCUUGUACGAAGCAAGCACAAUCUACGCUUCUAUGCGAUCAAGGUGCUCAGCAAGGAGCGGAUCGUGCGCAUGAAGCAGAUCUCGCACACGCGCAAUGAGCAGAUGAUGCUGCAAGCGGUGCAGCAUCCCUUCAUCGUAAACCUCUGGGGCACGUUCCAAGACUCGGCGAAUCUCUACAUGGUCAUGGACUUCGUCCCUGGUGGGGAGCUUUUCACUCUUCUGCGAAGAUCAAACCGGUUCCCAGACCCAGUCGCCAAAUUUUACUCCGCCGAGGUCGCGCUCGCCCUCAACUACCUCCAUUCGCUCGACAUCAUCUACCGCGACCUCAAGCCGGAGAACAUCCUCCUGAACUUCGACGGCCAUGUCAAAAUUGCAGAUUUUGGUUUCGCGAAGUACUGCAACACCACCGUGUGGACGUUAUGCGGCACACCGGACUACCUCGCGCCAGAGAUCAUCGGGAACGCGAGGUACAACAAGAGCGUCGACUGGUACGCACUCGGCGUACUCAUCUUCGAGAUGCUGGCGGGCGUCCCACCAUACCACGAGCCGGACACUAGCGCGGUCGUGCUCUACGAGAAGAUCACCCAGGGCCCCUCGUGCAUCAAGUGGCCAGCAUUCCACCCGAACGCGACUGACAUCAUUCUCAAAUUCAUGGAGAGCGACCCCUCAAAACGCUUUGGCAACCUGCGGCACGGCGCCGGCGACGUGUUCGCGCACCCGUGGUUCCGGGAGGUCGACUGGGACAAGCUGCGGAAUCGCGAGAUCACCGCGCCGUACUUGCCCAAGAUCAGCGGUGACGGCGAUGCGAGCGCGUUCGAAACAUACCCGGAGGGGAACACGGCGGCGCAGUAUGGCGCGUUCACCGAGGACCUAUACGGUGACCUGUUCCCCGAGUUCGAGUAUGCGAGUUCAUGA